CAGCGUGUUCAGUUUUGUGGGUGGUAAUGGUAACACUGAACAAAGUCAAUCUCCAAAACAAACCCAAAUCUUUCUUGUUCUCGUACUAGAUUAGAUUAUAUACUACACAUGUUGCAGUGUUUCACUCUGUUUCCUCGUCCUCUUUGAAAGUCGGCGGUGAGUCUCUCUCACUAAUUUCAUGGACCAGAGUUCCACCUUCUUUCAGUUAUCAUUUCCUUCCUAAAUGGAACUCAAAGAAGAUCCUGGACCAAUUGAUAAUUAUGUACUUUAUGAUCAAGAUAAUCAUGUUUCUUCAGCAGUUUGGGAUGGACACGAACGUGGUGUACUUAGGUGCCAUGAACACACUUCAAUGCUUGAUCAGUGGAAGCUGACACCUAAACAGAUUAAGUUGGUUGAGAAGGCUGGUUUUGGUUACCUACGAUUACUUCCUGCUAUGAGUCUUGACAAUGCACUGAUAGCAGCUUUGGUUGAACGGUGGAGGAGAGAAACAAAUACAUUUCACUUAACUGUUGGAGAAUUGACAAUAACCCUAGAAGAUGUAUCACUAUUACUUGGAUUGGCUAUUGAUGGAGAACCUGUGAUAGGUCCAAUAAGUGCACCAAGUUCAGUUUGUGAAAAAUUACUAGGGAGAGUGCCAGAGGACCUGAAUGGUGGAAUGGUGAAGCUGACUUGGCUGAAGGAGUUCUUUAGUGAGUGUGCUGAAGAUGCACCACUGGAGGAAACUGAGCGUUGUACACGUGCUUACCUUCUAUAUCUCGUCGGCAGCACAAUAUUCUCUACUACAACAGGGAACAAAGUCCCUGUUAUGUAUCUUUCUUUGUUUGAAGACUUUGAUAAGGCUGGGAAAUUUGCUUGGGGGGCAGGAGCAUUGGCAUUUUUAUAUAGAGCACUUGGCAAUGCUUCCCUUAAAUCUCAGAGCACCAUUAGUGGCUGUCUAACUCUAGUACAGUGCUGGAGUUAUUCUCGCCUCAAUGUUGGACUGCCAAAAUUUAAUCAAGAACCUGAUACUCAUUGUUUUCCCUUUGUGCUUAAAUGGAGAGGGAAAAGUGGUUGUAGGACUAAAUGUAAUGUAGUGUCCUACAGAAAGGCUUUGGACUCUCUUAAUCCAUGUGAUGUCCAGUGGCUACCUUACAAGGAUUUGGAUUCAACAGCCAUACCAGAAGAUACAAAAGCAAGUCUGAUUUUACGGGCAUCUAGGACUAUGCUGUUGUGUUUUGACAAGGCAGAAAGACACCUUCCUGAUCGAUGCUUAAGGCAAUUUGGCUUGCAUCAAACUAUUCCAAAACAUGUGGAACGAUGGGAGAGGAAGAGUCGGAUUGUGGAUCAUGGGGUAGACCUGAUGGGAAAAAUGGACUUGGCUCUCAAAGAGUGGUCAGAACGUUGGGUUCAUAUUGUUGAUGGUGGUGACAUUACAGAUGAGGGUGAGUACAUGCAAUGGUAUCACAAGAUUACUCGAAAAUAUAUUGGGAGAGUCACAUCAUCCCUGGAGUCAGAGUAUCAAAGAACAGUUACUGCUAUGAGGGAAAUUGCCAGCAUUGCUGAUAUAGUCUCAGCAGAAGGGUUGGAUUCUUAUAAUAGAGAGUUACUCGAUGAAGUGAAAAAUAUUGUGCACAAAUGUUUAACAGAGCAGUUUGAAGAAAUACCAAAUGAUAAAGUGAAAAAGAAGGGCAAUCGGAAACGUAGGCAAAAGGACCACCUAAGUAUGGAAUAUGAAUAGCACCAGUUCAUAGUGGUGCAAGCUUGUUCUGACCUUAGCCUACUGAUAUUUAGAACUUCAGGUUAUUAAAAAGGACGAAGGUGUAUAAUCAAAUGAUCAACAGCACUACAUUAAGAGGAUGACAUAUUUAUUAACAUUAAAAAAAA